AUGGCUUCCCUAUCUGAAGAUUUUUCUUGUCCGGUGUGUCAUGAAAUCUUCAAGGAUCCUGUUGUUUUAUCAUGUAGUCACAGUGUCUGUAAAGAGUGUCUUCAACAGUUCUGGAGAAAGGAAACUCAGGAGUGUCCUGUCUGCAGGAGAAGAUCAUCAAAAGAGGAACCUCCUCCUAAUCUGUUGUUAAAAAACUUGUGCGAGUCAUUAUUGAAGGAGAGAAAUGAGAUGUGUUUAUCAGGAUCUGAGGAGGUCUGCAGUUUACACAGUGAGAAACUCAAACUCUUCUGUCUGGAGGACAAACAGCCUGUGUGUUUAGUGUGCAGAGAUUCACAGAAACACGUCAAUCACACAUUCAGACCAAUUAAUGAAGUGGUUUCAUCAUACAAGGAGGAGCUCAGUACCACACUGAAGUCCUUUCAAGAGAAACUUCAACAUAGUGAAAAAAUGAAAGAUGAGAAAGAUGAGUCAAUUCAACACAUUAAGUCUCAAGCUGAGCACACAGAGCGCCAUAUUAAACAGCAGUUUGAGAAACUUCAUCAGUUUCUCAGAGAUGAAGAAGAAGCUACAAUCACUGCACUGAGGGAGGAAGAGGAGCAGAAGAAGCAGAUUAUGAAGCUGAAGCUGGAGGAGAUCAACAGACACAUCUCAGCUCUUUCACACACAAUCAAAGACACGGAGGAGAUGAUGAAAGCCAGUGACGUCUGCUUUCUGAAGGAGUUUCCAGUCACGAUGGAAAGAGUCCAGAUCUCAUCACAGCCGGAUCCACAGACGCCUUCUGGAGCUUUGAUUCAUGUGCCGCGUUACUUGGGCAACCUGCCCUUCAGAGUCUGGAAGAAGAUGCAGGACAUCGUCCAGAACACUCCUGUGAUUCUGGAUCCAAACACGGCUCAUCCACGUCUCCUCUUGUCUGAUGAUCUGACCAGUGUGAAAUACAGUGGGGACAAACUGAUUCUCAAUAAUCCAGAGAGAUUUGACAAGUCAUACUGUGUUCUGGGUUCAGAGGGUUUUAACUCAGGAACACACUGCUGGGAUGUGGAGGUUAAAAAUAGUCAUUCCUGGAGUCUUGGAGUAACUACAGCAUCAAACCAGAGGAAGGGAUUCAUUUCCCUUACCGAUGGUGUUUGGACUGUGCAGUAUGGAUUGAAUAAAUGGGCUGGCUUUGGUGUUAAACAGGAUCUUGAGCGUGUAAAAGUGUAUCUGGACUAUGACGGAGGAACAGUGUCAUUCUCUGAUCCUGUAACUAGCACACAUCUACACACAUUCACAACCACCUUCACUGACACUGUCUUUCCGUUCUUCUGGUGUUAUGGAUUUUCCUCUCUAAAAAUCUUACCAUUCAAUAGUCAGUAA